ACUCUGACCCCCAUCGAUGCCCCGUUGCAUUCAACUUUGCAGUCGUCAUCACAUAGGUAAGUGGGUUGUUGUCACUGUAAACAGUUACUGCAGGAGAAUAAAACAGGUAAUCUCUGAAGCGUUCUGUGACUGCCCAUUUCAGGGCUAAAAACUCCAGCUUUCCUGAAUGUAGUCUGUAGUUUUUCUCUGCAGGUGUCAAGGUACGUGAACCGUAACCUAUCACUCGAAGUUUACCUUCUUGCCUUUGAUACAACACAGCUCCUAGUCCCUCCUCAGAAGCAUCAAUAUGCAGAAUAAAUGGACCCUCAAACUUUGGAUAGGCCAUAACAGUGAAGCCUACUGACAUGCUCCACAUUCCAAACACAUCUGUGGUCUACACAGCACCCACAGUAUCAGUUGGGAGUACCACUCGGAGCCUUGACCCUGGGGUUUCUCAACCUCCAGUCUUCUUUGAGUCCAAAUCCUCCGCUAACAUGAAGACCAUCGAUCAGAGGGUGAUUGCCCUCUGUUUGGUCCUGACCCUGAUCGCCGCUGUGCAGGUGAAGGCGGCUCCGGUGGCCGAGGACUGGGCAACGGGUCUGAUCCACCGAGCCAAGCGCUCGCUGCUCUGGCGCUGGAACAUGCUUAAGCCCAUGGGGGCCAGCUGCAGGGAGCACUCUGAGUGCGGGACAAAGUACUGCAGGAAACACACCUGUACAUUUAGCAGCUAUUCCUCUUGAAUAUAUGGAUUUCACGACUACCUGGACAGAUACAUUUUUUGAACAUUCAACCACAUAUCACACUGAGCUUUUAAAGUUUGCCAGUCAAAAUACCAGUGGAGCGGAGGACCUUUCUCAUCUUUGGACAUCUAAGAUAAGGACCAUACCCCCUGUUUUCAGAAUCUCCCAUAAGCCAUAUUGACUGUUUUGAGAAUAUUAAAAGGGACAAAAUGACAACAGUAUUGCAAGAACCUUGUAAACACAUGCAGUUGACUGAGACCAAUGCAGUAAAAGCCAACCAUGAGUUGGAAACAAUUUGUUAUGUAUACUAAAUAGUAAAUUUUAGGCUACUAUACCGCCUGGAAACAUUUUUAAGUGAGGGCAGUCACAUAUUUGGAAUAUAUAAUUAAUUGUAUCUUGUACUAAGCACCAGUCCUUUCCGUGUCAGGUAUGGACAACCCAACACUUCUUCUGUUCCAGGACAUGUUGAAGUACUAAAUACAUUCAUGGGAAUUCAAAACAAGUCAAAGCACAUUUGGUUUCUUGGAAAGAAUUUAUUUGUGAUAUCUGAUGUCUUUGCUGUUAUUUAUUUGUAAAUAUGAGAUAUGGGUAAUGUACAUAGUAUCUUUUAUAUUGCCACAG